ACAUGUUUUCAGAAAGGUACGAAAAAUAGUCAGUUCACUAUUGCUUUUGAGCCAUUUACGGGAUUAGGAUGGAAACAUGUAAAUAAUGUCAGGUGAUUGAAAAUUGUUAGCCAUUCUUGGCUCCCAUUGUUGUGUUUUCUCGUUUUAAUAAUUUACUUUUAAUACUGGGAAUGAGUUAUAAUCUUUGACCUCGAGAAGAUUGUUAUAUACGUACCACAGAAACCAUCAAGAUGUCGGAUAAGAUACAAACAGGACAGCCACAACCUAUUGUGAAGAUAGGACAUUAUACUCUAGGGCAGACACUCGGUGUUGGAACAUUUGGAAAAGUAAAAAUUGGUGAACAUGUUUUGACAAAGCAUAAAGUUGCUGUUAAAAUCCUUAACAGACAAAAAAUUAAAAGCUUGGAUGUAGUGGGAAAGAUCCGUAGAGAGAUUCAAAACUUGAAACUGUUUCGACAUCCUCAUAUUAUUAAAUUAUAUCAAGUAAUAAGUACUCCGACAGACAUAUUUAUGAUAAUGGAAUAUGUGUCUGGUGGAGAACUCUUUGACUAUAUUGUCAAACAUGGAAAGUUGAAGGAAUACGAAGCACGCAGAUUCUUCCAACAAAUUAUUUCAGGGGUGGAUUACUGCCACCGUCACAUGAUAGUUCAUCGCGACUUAAAGCCAGAGAAUUUACUUCUAGAUCAUAAUCUUCACGUGAAGAUUGCAGAUUUUGGUUUAUCGAACAUGAUGAUGGAUGGUGAAUUUUUACGUACGUCCUGCGGUUCGCCAAAUUACGCAGCACCUGAAGUAAUAUCCGGAAAAUUAUAUGCUGGUCCAGAAGUUGAUAUCUGGUCUUGUGGAGUAAUAUUAUAUGCUCUACUAUGUGGAACACUACCAUUCGAUGACGAACAUGUGCCAACGCUGUUUCGCAAAAUUAAAUCGGGAAUCUUUCCCAUCCCAGAAUAUCUAAAUAAGACCGUAGUAAGUUUAUUAUGCCAUAUGCUACAAGUUGAUCCAAUGAAGCGGGCGACUAUCGAGGAUAUCAAGAAACAUGAAUGGUUCCAGAAGGAUCUCCCAACGUACUUGUUCCCAUCUCCAGUAGAACAAGAUUCCUCGGUGAUUGACAUCGAUGCAGUUAAUGAAGUCUGCGAGAAAUUCAAUGUCAAAGAGGCUGAAGUUCAUGCAGCUCUCCUUAGCUGCGAUCCUCACGAUCAGUUGGCUAUUGCCUACCAUUUGAUCAUAGAUAACAAAAGAAUUGCAGAUGAGGCUGCCAAAGCAGAGUUAAAGGACUUUUACGUAGCAUCAAGUCCACCACCAGUAGCUUUUACUUCAAGCGAUGUAAAUAAUAGUCCACUACGACCACAUCCUGAGCGAAUUGCCCCAGCACUGCGGGAGCGUCAGAGCUCUUUAAGUAGUGUCUCGGUACCAGUACAAGGUGCAGGUCAAGGCGGAAAUCGUGGAACUCCUGUAAAACGAGCAAAAUGGCAUUUGGGAAUCAGAUCUCAAUCUAAACCAAAUGACAUAAUGAACGAAGUGUAUCGUGCCAUGAAAGCCCUUAACUUUGAAUGGAAAAUAAUAAACGCAUACAGCGUCAGGGUGCGUCACAAAAACACUCUCACUGACAGACACAGUAAAAUGUCCCUGCAACUGUACCAAGUCGAUUACAAAAGUUAUCUGCUUGAUUUUAAAUCCCUAUCCAGUGAAGAAACUGAGGAUUUUACUGGACGAGAACCUUCUCUUCCACCACCUCAGGCUACAGGUCACCAUACUAUGGAAUUCUUUGAAAUGUGCGCAGCAUUGAUCACCCAAUUGGCACGAUAAAUAAAGGAAAUAACGCUUCUAUGGCCGACAGGUACCUUUAUAUUCUAUCAAUGACAUUGACUGUAUUUUUAACGAUUGUAAUUCCGACAAGAGCUAAGGGUGUACAUAUGGUGUUGGAAACCAAAGAAAAGAUGGCACCAGAACCACAGCCAUUAGCGCCUUUCUUUCCUACCCAGUUAUGUUUUCCUAUCGAAGAAACAAGCGACCCUCAGGAAUACUAUCUAAAAGCUUUCGUAUGGUCCUAUCAUUGACAAACAUAGCAACGUGACUGACAUAAACAAAUGUUUGCCAGAGAUAUCGGAUAAUAGAGAAUUACUAAAAGUAGCUAAACGUAUAAUCGCAAACGAGCUAUCAUUAUAACGAAGUAAUGGGGAAAAAAGUAAAUGGUACAUCGGGUUUAAAAUAAACCAUGUAUGAAGUUUCAAAAAAUCCAUAGUCCGUAAUAGCGAGAAAAAAAUAAAGAAAAUGCCUUAGACCACUGGAGCAAGGGUCAAAGUGUAAUCACCGAAAUCGUAUAUGGAAGUUUUAGUGAUGUUUUUUGUAUUCACAAAAAACUCGUUCACAGGUAUUAUAAGGGAUGAUAUACUGCUGUUCGAAAUAAAACUAUAUCGUAAAACAUA